AUGCCUCCUGGACGCAAACGUCGUGCUCACCCGGAGCAACAAAAUAACGCAAACUCAGACGAUGAAGGACGCCCUACACAGAGACGACGUCAAUCUCAAGAUAAUGUGUCUGCCUCUGACGCUAGCGAAGACGAGGGCCAUCGCGCGCCCAGCAGUACAGAUGUCAUGGUGAAAAAGAUGGUGCGACUGGCACUCUCCAGCGAGUACGCACGAUUACCGAUUCGACGAACCGAGAUCAGCGCAAAAAUUUUGGGCGAACAGGGCGCAAGGCAGUUCAAGUUGGUGUUUGACGAGGCUCAGAAGGUUUUGCGACAUCGGUUUGGCAUGCAAAUGAUUGAAUUACCGGCAAAGGAGAAAGUGACCAUCACUCAGCGCAGGGCGGCGCAACGUGUUGAAAAGCCAUCUACGGCCUCCAAGUCGUGGAUGGUAAUGAGCACCUUACCUCCCUCGUUCCGGACACCAGAGAUUUUACCUCCAUCAAAAGCGCCUACUUCCUUCCUCGAUAGUACCUAUACAGCACUCUACACUUUCAUUAUAUCCGUUAUCACUCUGUCAGGCGGCUCCAUACUCGAACAAAGACUGGAUAGAUACCUAAAAAGAACCAGUAUUGAACAAUAUACGCCCAUCGACCGCACAGAUCGCUUACUACAGCGGCUCUGUAAGGAAGGCUAUCUGGUCCGUAACAGGGAGAUGGAUGGCGGAGAGGAGGUCAUAGAGUACAUGGUCGGGCCUAGAGGAAAGAUUGAAGUUGGUGAAAGUGGAGUGUCUGGGCUAGUCAGAAAGGUUUAUGGACGGGAUGCUCCUGCUGAGGGGGAAGCGAUCGAUGAAUUUGAGGCAAGAUUGGCUCGCAGCGUGGGCGUGAAGCGCACAGCUCAAGUGACAGAGGCAGCUAGUACAACUGUUGCCGAGGAAAGUGUUAAAUAUUCCUGCAACAAAAGAAGGGGUUCCUGGAUGAUCGUGACGAAUCACGUGAUGUCCACUGAUCUUCGGCGUGUCGUCAUCUUCCGAGUGAAAGCAUCAAGUGAGGAACAAAUGAUCAAGGUGCAGGUACGUCCGCGCCUGAUUCAACGGACAGCAAAUCGAGCAUCGCGUCAAGUGUCCACCGGUCCCAACUUGCGCGCCUCAAGUAAACCAGUCGGAGAAGUUAACCCCCUUCGAUCAUCCGCACGAAAGCCCAAUCAAGCCCAACCUGAAGCUGCCAUCGCGCACUACAGACGCCGCAUGGCGCUCUCCGCCGCCGGUAUCGUCCUAUGCGGUGCAACGAUGUACGGGAUGGUCAAGAGCAAUUCUUUCGGAUUACCGGAGGACGCAGCAAAAAAAGAAGGGGAACCAAAUCCAAACAAUCUGAACAAUGGCAAUAUCAAGCUUGAUGGACCGUCUGAAUUCCCCAGCAGCCCAUCCGUGAUCCGUAUCCAAGGUCAAGACGGCGCCGAGCAGGUCGAGACGGGAAAUAGCUCCGUGCCACUAUUUCCGACAACCAUCAGACUUCCCAAGUCUAUGAGCGAUACACGAUUAACCCCCGGUCAAGAUUUGCCUAUCGCGCCUGAAUCCGAAGAGGAAUAUCAAUUGCUCGGAUUCGGUAUACGGUCUGUCUCGUUCCUGUCAAUCCAGGUAUAUGUUGUCGGCGUGUAUGUGGCCAAGUCAGAUAUCGGAACCCUUCAGCGACGAUUGGUGCACACCGGAGUACAGGCUCCCGCUAUUGGGGCUGAUCAGCCUGGCACCGUGGGUGCGGCGGCUGCUGCAACGUCUCUUGUAUCUACGGAACGAGAUGCAUUGAAGAAGCUCUUGCUUGACCCGGAACUUGGCGAGGCGGCAUGGACAUCGAUACUGAAGGAGGGUAACAUCCGCACUGCGAUCCGUAUUGUGCCGACACGCAAUACAGAUUUCAUGCAUUUGCGUGAUGCCUGGGUGCGACAUAUGACGAACCGCGCACAGAAAGAAUCAGCCAGAAUUAAGGAGCUCGCAAAAACAAAGGGCGAUCAGCCUGUGCCUUUGCGCAGCGAAUUCGAUGACGAGACUUUUGGCCAGUCAGUCAGCGAAUUUAAGACCCUGCUCGGCGGCGGAUCUCGCAAGAACAUCCCCAAAGGACAGGUUCUUCUAUUGUUGCGUGAUCAACAGGGUGCUCUCGAUGCGCUUUUCCAGCGGGAUCCCAAGGAGCCUAUCCAGUGGCUUGGUCGGGUUGCUGAUGAGAGGGUCAGUCGUUGCGUAUGGUUAAAUUAUCUUGCAGGCAAGCAGGUUGCGAGCGAGCCUGCGAGACAGAGUAUCGUGGAAGGCACCAUGGGGAUUGUGGAGAGACCUGUUGGGACCGUCACACAGAAGGUUAUCUGA